UUUUCUACAACAAUUUACAAUAUUUUUGGCAAUAUGACGGUAUCAUGUCGAAAGAACUUAUAUUGAUUUGGAAGCGAUUCACCCAACGACCCAUUUUGGUACUUCUUCAACUUUGCGAACCCGCUUGCCCGCGUAACCAGGAGGUGGCAUGUUUUGUGAGUAUGCUGGGUGCGGCAGAACCUCUCCUUUCGAGCAGCAGUAGUGUUGCCACCUUUAAACCGUUGAAUCCGACACUGGUAAUUGGGAUAUGAUGAAGCAGUGUCACUAUAAAUCUCUGAACGUGUUUAGUGGGUUUCGGCAGCAGAUUUCUUCAAAUAAACAACCAAAGUAAUAAACUUGGAAGAAAAUGAAUUUUGGGCGCCCCAUGAUUAGCAAAGUCUUACGGAAAACUGUUAUUUUGUGGAGCGGAAGGUCAAAGCCCUCGAAUUCAACCGUUAUGUGCACUGAUAUUUCUCAUUUCUUUAUCAUUUUCAUCUGUAAAUGUUGCUGGCCAAAAUUUUUGCAAACGCCCAAUACAUAUAAUGUAGGCAGUUCCCUAUUGCAAGGAUACACAUCAUUUUGGAAUGAUUGCAUAUCGAGUGGUCUGCGUGGCUGUAUACUUAUUGAGUUGGGCCUAAGAGGUCGCAUUAUGAUGGAAAAAUCUGGCAUGAGGCGGCGAGGAUUGUGUUCAAGUAGGAAGGUGAUCUUAAAAUCCGAUCAACCAACAGGAGAUGUUCUACUAGAUGAAGCCCUAAAACAUAUAAAAGAAACUAAUCCACCCGAAACAGUGCAAAGCUGGAUAGAGUACUUGAGCGGUGAAACUUGGAAUCCUUUAAAAUUACGUUAUCAAUUAAAGAAUGUCCGUGAGCGUUUAGCUAAAAAUUUGGUUGAAAAAGGUGUCCUAACAACCGAAAAACAAAAUUUCCUUCUCUUCGAUAUGACAACACAUCCACUAAGUGAUAAUGUGGUCAAAUGUCGUUUGGUCAGAAAGAUUCAAGAUUCAGUGCUCUCUAAAUGGGUCAAUGACCCGCAACGUAUGGAUAAGCGUAUGCUGUCUUUAAUAUUUUUAGCUCAUGCCAGCGAUGUUAUUGAAAAUGCUUUUGCGCCCCUUAAUGACGACGACUAUGAAGUGGCAAUGAAACGCGUCCGCGAACUUUUAGAUCUAGAUUUCGAAGCAGAGGCUGCCAAACCAAAUGCGAAUGAAAUAAUUUGGGCCGUGUUUAUGGCGUUUACUAAAUAAAAGCAAUUUUUUCCAUUUCUAAUCAAUACAAAUAUUUUCUACAUUUAUCUUCUUUUUAUCUUUUAUAUAUUUAUUUAAAUAGUUUUUCUUACUAAAUAUGAAUCUUGCUUGCGGUUUUAUUUACUCCAUUUUGUAAAAAAAGUGAAAAUUAAUGAAUUAAAUUCAUAAUGCCACAAAAAUUAUAUACACACACAAUAAUUAGUUGAGUUUAGAGAAGAUACUUUGAUUUUAAUUUGUUUUUUAUUUUUUUCGCGUUUGAUUAUUAUUAUAUCAUAUAAUAAAAUAUUUUUUUAAUCAUUAUUAUAAAUAUUAUAUAUAUAAACAAUCACAAUUGACAAAGAAAAGAUAAACGCAUACAAAGGAACACUUAUUUUUAAUAUAAGAAGAGUGUUUGAUAAAAUUUUUCCAAAAAUAUCAUUUCUUAUCAUUGAAACUCGUUCAUUAAUUACAAAUUGUACAGUGUGCCUAACUAAGGUAUUAUUUACAUAUUUUAUUUUUUUGUUUAAAAAAUUAGAAAUUAAAAAGAAAAAAAUUAUAACACAAGUUUAUAAUCUUAGAAAGUUGAAUAUAAUUUUUUGUUUACAGCGGUGUGGACGUGCAAUUCGUAAAGAUAUAAGAAAAAAGAAAAUAUAUUUUAACUUUCAUGUUUGCCUCCCUCUCUCUAUUAGCCUCUUUUAUUUCUUUCCAAAUUUGCACGAUUCAGCCGCAAACAAUUGUUCAAAUACAUACAACUAAAUCACUGCGCGUAUACACUACUGAUCAUAAAAGAGAUUGGAUUAACAAAAAACUUAAUUAUAUACAAGAAAAAAAAGCAUU